UGGGGUGCAUCUUACGCGACUGGGGGAGACGAACGCUGAAGAACAAGAGAGAGAAAGUGGAGCAGAAGGAAAAACAAGAGAGAGAAAGUGGAGCAGAAGAUUGAGCGAGAAAAGCAGAGCAGGGGAGCGAAAUGAUGAGGUUCUAAGAAAGUGAAGAAGUGCCACUGCGUGAUUGAUUGCCAGAGCAAGCUGUGUUGUGGUCGUGGAAGAUUCAGGACCAGAGGAUUCAACUUUCUCUCUCUGCAAUGGGAGCUCGUUGCUCCAGAUUUGGUCUCUGUUUUUGGCCUUCUCAGAUCGAAUCCAAUCUCAACGACUUGUCCUGUGCCGAAAACGAGGACGCAUUGCCUGGAUUCUGCGAGUACAGCUUUGAUCAGCUUAGAGCUGCUACUUCGGGAUUUUCUUCGGAGAACAUUGUUUCUGAGCACGGAGAGAAAGCGCCUAAUGUUGUUUAUAGAGGCAAGCUUGAAGAUGACCGAAUGGUCGCUGUGAAGCGCUUCAACAAGUCAGCCUGGCCCGAUUCUCGCCAAUUCCUGGAUGAAGCUAGAGCCGUGGGGCAGCUAAGGAAUCAGCGGUUGGCAAAUUUGAUUGGAUGCUGCUGUGAGGGCAAUGAGAGAUUACUAGUGGCCGAGUUCAUGCCCAAUGAAACUCUUUCCAGGCACCUUUUUCAUUGGGAAACACAGCCCAUGAAGUGGGCAAUGAGGCUUCGAGUGGCAUUAUAUUUAGCACAAGCUUUGGAGUACUGCAGUAGUAAGGGGCGGGCACUGUACCAUGACCUUAAUGCCUAUAGAGUUCUCUUUGAUCAGGAAGGUAAUCCCAGGCUUUCCUGUUUUGGCCUCAUGAAGAAUAGCAGAGAUGGAAAGAGCUAUAGUACCAACCUCGCUUUCACCCCUCCAGAAUACAUGAGGACAGGGAGAAUAACGCCAGAAAGUGUUGUGUACAGCUUUGGCACUCUAUUGCUUGAUCUUCUCAGUGGCAAACAUAUUCCUCCUAGCCACGCACUGGAUCUUAUCCGUGGAAAAAAUUUCCUGAUGCUGAUGGACUCAUGUUUAGAAGGUCAUUUCUCUAAUGAUGAUGGAACUGAACUAGUGAGAUUGGCUUCAAGAUGUUUACAGUAUGAACCUCGUGAGAGGCCAAAUGUCAAGUCACUUGUAAUUGCUCUCACUGCUCUUCAGAAAGAAACCGAGGUUCCUUCUUACGUUCUUAUGGGCAUUUCACAUGGGAAUGCUUCCUCCAAGCAAAUGUCAUUAUCACCUUUUGGGGAGGCCUGCUCAAGAACGGAUCUUACUGCAAUACAUGAAAUUUUGGAGAAGGCUGGAUACAAGGAUGAUGAGGGAGUUGCAAAUGAGCUUUCUUUCCAAAUGUGGACAAGCCAAAUACAAGAGACACUCAAUUCUAAGAAGCGUGGGGACUCGGCAUUUCGAGCUAAAGACUUCAUAACUGCCAUCGAUUGUUACACACAAUUCAUAGAUGGAGGAACCAUGGUAUCACCAACAGUAUUUGCGAGACGUUCCUUGUGCUACUUAAUGAGUGAUAUGCCACAGGAAGCUCUAGGAGAUGCUAUGCAAGCCCAAGUGGUGUCACCGGACUGGCCAACUGCCUUAUAUCUUCAAGCUGCCGCUCUCUUCAUCCUUGGAAUGGAAAAUGAUGCUCAGGAAACUCUCAGAGAUGGAACUUCACUGGAAUCCAAAAAAGAAAGAACUUGAAAAGUGUAUAGGUAUUUAUAUCUUUAAUUUAACAUUCUUAUAUUUAUUUGUAUGUCUCUCUCUCCUUUUUUUUUUCCUUUUCCUGUUAAGUUUCUGCAACGCCGAAAGGGGUUUGAUCACGAAACUUGUUGAGUUGGUGUCGGUGGUGCAAAUUUAUAUUUUCUUUGCCCACAAGAGCUAUCUGUGAUUGUGUUCUGCUCAGAUGUCAAAUCUCUUCUUGUGUUCUUUGCUACAUGAGUUUGAUGAUAAGGUCUGAGAUUGGCUGCAAAGAGAAACUGAUUUUCCCACCAUUCUAGCCUUGAAUACUGUCUGAAGAUUGGUGAUUAAAGCUUCAAAAUGGCCGAUUAAUACAUAUCUUAUCAAAAGUUUAUAUGAUAAUUAUGUUGCUGGAUGAGCUUAAAAUAGUACCCUUGGUCAGUGCUGAAAAGCAGAGAAAUUAUCCAGAAAAAAAGAGAACUGAACUGAGGUGAGGAAAAAACCUAUUGUUUUUCUUCAGUUUCCAAUGUUCUAAUUUAGUAUUUAAUGUCA